AUGGAACUAUAUCCAAGAACUAUUUCAUGGGGAUAUGGGAACGACACCAUUUGGGAGGAGUACAUUGACAUCUCAUUUACCGUUGCAAACUGUGCAGUAUUAUUCUCGACCUCAUUUGUCGGCAUUGCAGCGAAUGUGUUUGUCACAUGGGCAGUGUACCGUCAAAAAUCUCUUAGAACGUGGAACAACGCACUCCUGGUCAACCUCGCCGUCAUCGACAUCCUCCGUUGUUGUAUUGACUGUCCCAUUCUUCUCACCAUCGUUCUGAAGGGACCCGUAGGAGGACUGCUCUGUGACACCCAGGUCGCCUCCUUCUCAUUCAGCUGCUGUAUUCAGUUGCUCACCUUGGCCUGCAUCAGCAUGGAAAGACAUCAAGCGAUCACCCACCCUUUCAAAAUCACCCAGCGCCGAAGACGGAUUCUGGUGUGGAUCCCCUUGACCUGGAUGGUGGGUGUUCUCGUUGCGGCCUUUUGUUUGACGUUUGUCAAGGACUCACCUGUGUAUGUUAGGUGCAGGGGAUGGGAGGUAAACGUGCAACUAUCCUAUGACACCUUUGGACUCUACAUAUUACUUCCGCUAUGGUCAACCUGCUUCACUGUCAUUAUUGGAUUCUAUGCUCGUAUAUUUAUCAUAGUGAGAGCACACGGUCGAAAAAUAUUUGAUAAAGGAUCUUUUCCAGCUCCCAAACAGGACAUCAUGAAAGAAGCAACAAAUACAGUUCAGGAAGAGGAUGAUAAAGAUGGGAAAACAAAACAUGAGGAAUCUGAGAAAACUGAAAUAGAGGAGAAAAGGGAAAUGGACCGAAAAGAGAAUAGGCAAGGGGAAACUGUUAGGCAAGAACAUGCACUACCUGUUGAAAAACAGUUAUCUAGAAAAUACCCUGAAAUUGGAUUUACGAACACGACAACAAAGAACCCUCAAGGAGCCAUGAAAGGCUCUUCGGACAACAUGACAGAAACCAAGACUCUGCGUAGCAAAUCUAAGCUGCUCGCCACUAAGGUGAAACUACCAUGCGUUUCAUUCAUGCCACAGGUGGAUAACCCCAGUUCCAAGGUGCUCAAGUUGGUAGACCUGGAACAAGACAAGGAUGUCCGUCCACUCCAUCCCAAUUCCAAUAGUGAUCAUGAUGUCAAAGCAGAUGAUAUUUCUCCAUUACCUACCAAUGUUGAGGAGACUGUAGUAGCAAUCCCCGUUCCAGAAACUCCAGCUGCGGAGCAAUGCUUAGCGGUUGAAGGUGGCGUCUGUAUGAUGCCGUCGUUCGCUAACAAAGAGCACGCCAAAAAAAAGAAGGAGAGUAAACUGGCGAAGCGUUCUGGUUACAUCAUUCUCACCUUUCUGAUAUUCUGGAUGCCAAUGAUAGUGAUGAUGGUGGCCAACGUAUUCUGCAACAGAAACAGGAAGUUCAGGAUGGCGACUACUCAGAAUCUGGAGAUCCUGUUUGUAUCAGUGGCCUGCAUGACCUCUGCCAGUAACCCCAUAACCUACGCUGUGGUCAACCCUCAGUUCAGGACAGAGUUCUACUAUCUUAGGAGGAAAUGUCAACGGUUAUGGACAAGAGCUUAG